ACAAUAUAUUACAACAUACGCAAAGACAAAGGCAAAAAGAAAGAAAGAAAGAAAGAAAGAAAGGGAAAAAAAAAAAACUAGCCUAACUUCGUAUCCUGACAGACUUUUUGUGUUUCUUCAAUUUCGAUCUUCCGGUCAUAUGGCCUCCUCAGUAGACCCACUCAUCGUCGGUCGGGUGAUCGGAGACGUGGUGGACAUGUUCGUCCCCACCGUGAACAUAAGUGUCAACUAUGGUUCCAAGCACGUCAACAAUGGCUGUGACAUCAAGCCCUCGAUGUCUGCCGACACGCCCAAGGUCACCAUAUCCGGCCGACCCGAUCAGCUCUACACUCUGGUGAUGACGGACCCCGAUGCCCCGAGUCCUAGUGAACCUAGCAUGCGUGAAUGGGUUCACUGGAUCGUGGUAGAUAUCCCCGGCGGCACCAAUGUCAGCCGAGUCAAUGGGAGUCCACCAGCUUACUCAGCACCCCAUGCAGUGGAGGGGCCUGCACGUGUCGUAGGGCCUCUCCUUCCUCCACCAGGGAGGGAGAUACUGCCGUACAUGGGGCCGCGGCCCCCGGUGGGGAUCCACCGCUACAUCCUGGUGUUAUUCCAGCAGAGGGCCCCCCUCGGGCUAGUCGACCAGCCGACCUCCCGUGCCAACUUCAAUACCCGCCACUUCGCUGCGCACUUUGGCCUCAGCCUCCCCGUGGCCACUGUCUACUUCAACUCCCAGAAGGAGCCCGCCAACCGCCGCCGCUGAUUACCCUUCAUUGUCCCGUAAUGACCCACCAUCGAGAUUGCUAUAAGGAAUAUGUGGAAGUCAGUUUAGACAGGUUAUAUUACGUCUAAACUUAUUUACAUAAGGUUCUGUCGUUCCUAGGCGGCAUAGGAGUUUUCAUGGGGGGCUUGGGGUCAAUUAUGUCGCUUUGGUUCUGUUUUACUAUAUGGUGUUUAAGGUUGUUCUUUCUUUAACCCCGGGGACGAGAAAGAACUAAAUGAUAUAUAUAAAUUUAUACAUAUAACAUUUAGGGUUAUAACCCAAUAAAUCAUCAACGUUUGGUCA